CAUCAGUGUGUGUCUGUAUGUGUGUCAGACGCCAGGUCUCUCUGAGCUCCACCGCUCUUUCUGCCUCAGUCUGAGGACGGAUGAAACCUCUCGCCUCUCCUGCUGGAGUUUGGCUGCUGCUUCUUUUGCCCUGGAACACCUUUGGCCUCCAUGACUACAGCUGAGGAAAUCCAGCCUCUCCCUGAAAGAUGGGAAAUACCACGGAAACUUCCCAUUUUGUUUCCAAAAUCCCAAAGGAGCACGAUGUCUUCAUGGGUUCUAUAUACACAACCUUCUGUAUUCUGUCACUCUUGGGAAAUGGCAUCCUGCUCCUUGUUGCGUAUCGUAAGAGAUCAUCUCUCAAGCCGGCAGAAUUCUUCAUCAUAAAUUUAUCUAUUAGUGACCUUGGGAUGACAGUUACUCUCUUUCCCUUGGCGAUUCCAUCCGCCUUUGCUCACAAGUGGCUGUUUGGAGAGCUGACAUGUUUAUGCUAUGCUGUAUGUGGCGUGCUCUUCGGUUUGUCCAGCCUGACAAAUCUCACCGCUCUCUCAUCCGUCUGCUGCCUCAAAGUCUGCUUCCCAAACUAUGGUAACAAGUUCUCCUACCCUCAUGCCUGUCUGAUGAUAGUGGGGGUGUGGUGCUAUGCCAUGGUGUUUGCUGUGGGUCCCUUGACAAAUUGGGGUCACUAUGGCCCUGAACCCUACGGGACAGCAUGCUGCAUAGACUGGUAUGCACCAAGCCAGGAUGCUUUGUCCAUGUCCUACAUUAUCUGUCUCUUCCUCUUCUGCUAUGCCCUGCCUCUUGCCAUCAUCCUCCUCUCCUACAUACUGAUCCUCAUCACUGUACGUGGGUCACGGCAGGCAGUACAGCAACAUGUGUCACCACAGACCAAGACAACAAAUGCCCAUAUCCUUAUUGUGAAGCUCUCAGUGGCAGUGUGCAUUGGUUUCCUGACCGCCUGGAGCCCUUAUGCUGUUGUGGCAAUGUGGGCCGCAUUUGUGGAACCCAGUAAAGUUCCCCCUAUAGCCUUUGCAUUAGCAGCUAUCUUUGCCAAAUCCUCCACCAUCUACAACCCUGUGGUGUACCUGGUAUUCAAGCCCAACUUUCGCAAAUCUCUGAGCAGGGACACCGCUCAGAUUCGAAAACGAAUAUGUUCCAGCCCGUGCAAAGGAAGCCCUGUGCCUGGUGAGAAGGAUCUUCAACGGCAAACAUCUCUACACUGCAACAAGGAUGCUAGCAAUUCCACUCGACUCUCCAAUGGCCUGGCGGAUAGCCAUGGGGCUUGUCUUCAUUCCACAGAGGCGGACCCUCAUUGUCAACAGACCCUGCCUCAAAGGACUGCCUGUGUGCUGAUCGGUACAUCCUACAGCGAGGUGACUAUGAGUCAGCUGCCGGAGAAGAUGCAAGCUGACCUUCUGUGAAGGCCCUGUAGGCUCUCCUCAUGCCAGCACGAGGACAAAUGUGAGGAAUAGAUGGAUGGGUGGCCUCAAAAUGAAACUUCUGGCCACUAGAGAUAAGCUUGAUGUGUCAGAGACAAACUGUGGUCACUUCUGAUACUGAUGUCACGUAUUAGAAACUGCAAAACAAUUGACCCUGCACUAAGUCCCGCCUUAAAAAGGUUACUGACCAGGCCUACCAUAGCAACUGUCCGCAGUUGUUUCAGACUAGCUUGUGCUAUUUUACUGAAAGUCAAUUCACAGAAAUUUGUGAUUCAUUCACCUGUAUAAAAUAACAAAAGAUGAGUUAUACGAAGUAAGCAGCUGCAAAAUAUUUUGGGGUUUUCUUAACUUCAGUAGUUAGUUGUACCAAGUAGUUUUUGAGGUAGAAUGGUUGUUCACUAUUAUUUUAAGUUAAAUCAAGCUUCCUAAGCAAAAACAUCUGACACAAUAUUAAGAAUUUGUUGAAAGUUGAUUAUUGUAUGAAAGUUGUUACUGUGAACAAUUCAUCCAUGCUCUUGUUUAUUUUUUUAAAUAGUUUUUUCGACAUUGCACUUUUUAAUUAAAUGGUCUCAAUUAAUGAAAAUGCUUUAAUAUUCUGGUGAAUCGACUAUGCUGGACUUCACCAAUCAUUUUGUAAUCACUUUAACCCUGACCCUUUCUUACAAUCCAAGUCUUACAUUCAUAUCUUCCUCUGUCUAAACAACAACAGAUGGAGAGAAUACCCAAAUGUAUGUCACAAUACAGAAAAAAAAUGAUGUCAUUACAUCCAUAACAUUGUGACUUUAGGGAAAAAAGUUUCUACAACUGUCUAGCCCUGAAAGUUAAUAAACUUAAAAUUGCUUCGCUGUUGAUAAUAUUGAUAAAUUCAAAGAACUGGGCAAACCUAACCACAACACUAAUCACACUAAUGGUGACCUAAAAAUUUAAAACAUCAAAAACACAAAUUUAUUGUCAACAUUUAAUUCUAAAUAACAAUUAAUGUACACAUCUUUGUAAUUCCCCAUGUUUUUAUCAAACAAGGGAUUAUGGGUAUUCCUCCAACCACAAUGCUUCUUUAGAGGGUAUACUCUAUAGCAGGCAUCCUCAAAUCUGGCUCACUCCUGCAGAGUUUAGCUCAAACCCUAAUCAAACACACCUGAGCAUGCUAAUCAGAGUCUUCAAGAUCAUUAGAAAAUCACAGGUAGGUGAGUUUGAUCAGGGUUGGAGCUAAACUCUGCAGCAGAUUGGUCUUCCAGGGAAAGAUUUGAGGAACCCUGAUCUAUAACCUUUAUAGCUUUACAUAAGCAAACUCAAACAAUUCACAACUUUACUUUUCACUUUAAAAUUGUGCGUAUAAUAACCUAAAGGAAAAUAUUAAAUACAUUCCAUACAAUAUAUGAAAACAAUAAUAAUCAAAUCAAGUCAAGCUGUGAUUAAGUCAUUACUGGCAAUUGUAAGCUGGGCAGAAUGAGUAAUCAAACUUGACAUUAUAAUUUAUCACUAUUUAAAAUGACCUAAAAGUAAAUAUUUACUUUUUAUAUUAAUGUCAGCUUUUUAUAUUAGAUAGUUUAGAUUGUCUAACAAAUUGAAAAUUUUGAAAACAUCUGGAAAUCUGGAUUUGGAGUGUUCCUACAGAACAUUCUGUUAGGCUUGUCUGAGCCAAGGAGUCAGUGUCGGGCUGGUCGCUUAAAAUGAUCCCGUUAGCGCCUGCUGGUAGAUUGUGUAAUUACACCAUCUGGGCAUUGUAGUGGUUACUACAAGUUAUCCAAUAUCCCAUAAAUCCUUCAGACUGGUCAGCUGACAAAAUUUCUGAUUCUUUGAUUGUUUUAACUGUAAAAGUGAAAUUCCUUAUCUGGUGCCCCAAAAUAAAAGAAGAAAGGAGGAGUCAUCUGAUACUCUCACUCUUACAUCUGACCAAAACUUAAUUCUUAAAAGAAAUAGUU